AUGGCAUGUAACCUCACUGGAGCUGUGAUUGUGUUUUUCUUCUUGUACGAGAGUUCGGACCUUUCGCUAGAGAGUGUCGAUAACAUGUACAAUGAGCCACAUUUCAAGCCUUGGACAUCCAGCUCCUGGGCUCCUGCUGGUUACUCAUCACGCUACGACCUUGUCGAACAAACAAAGGCGGCCCAGGCACGCAAGCCGCUCGCGAGUGGUGCCAUUGAAGAGAAGCAAAUCGAGCACGCCGGACAGCCGAAUGGCGUCAAUGGACAGGCGGUCCCUGGGUAUACGGCUGCCCCCGGUGUUGGAGCAGGAUUCGGAGGCGACGCGGGCACUCAGGGUUACAGACGGGCUUCGAGUCGCGUUCCACCGCCACCCAGCGAUAGCUAUACACUGCCUCCUGAAAGUGGGUUCGGGUUCGCGACUGGGGCUGCUGUGAAACCCGGUCCUGGGGGACGUGAGAUUACCGUGGACAUGGACCCCAGCAGGGGUCUGCAGGGCGGAGUUGGUCUGACCAAGGAAGGCCCUCCGGGAGGUAUCGGAAUGUCGGAAGCUGAUGGACACGGAAACAAGGGCAACAGGUUGGAAGCGGGAGACUUGGGGAGGGUGCUGUGA